AUGCAAUCUAUUAAAGACGCAAACCAACCAGAAGGAAACAGUUACGAAGAAAAGAGGAGAGAUCGGUUUGACGACAGAGACAAAGGACGUGAUCGCCAUAGAGACCGAGAUCGGGAUAGAAGAAGUAGAGAACGUGAUAGAGAUAGAAAUAGAGAUCGGGAUGGUAGACGACGAGAUCAGGACCGAGACCGAGACCGAGACCGAGACCGAGAUCGAGAUCGAGAUAGAAGAAGAGAUUCCGAUCGCGAUAAGCAUAACAGGAAGGAUCGCGAACGUCCUAAAAAGCCAUCACCAUACUGGGAUGUUCCUCCUGCAGGAUAUGAAACUGUUUCGCCAGCAGACUAUAAAGAGUUGCAACGGGACGGUAAAGUACCAGCUCAAGGUGUACCAGCAGCGGCAGGAUUAGGUAUCGAUCCAACUGCAGCUCCUGGGUCAGGCAGCCAAAUAACGCGACAAUCUAGAAGGUUAUACGUUGGAAAUAUUCCAUUUGGUAUAACGGAGCAAGCUAUGAUGGAUUUCUUCAACGAGAAAAUGGUCACUACAGGAUUAACGCAAGCUAAUGGUGAUCCUGUAUUAGCUGUGCAGAUUAACUUUGAUAAAAAUUUUGCUUUCUUAGAGUUUCGUUCAAUUGAAGAAACGACAAAUGCUAUGGCUUUUGAUGGAAUCAUGUUUCAGAAUCAAGCCUUAAAAAUCAGACGUCCGAAAGAUUAUCAGCCACCUACUGGUGAUCCAAAUUCAUCUGCUAAUAUCCACGUACCAGGUGUUAUUUCAACCGUUGUUCCCGAUACUCCCCAUAAAUUAUUUAUUGGUGGCUUGCCGAAUUAUUUAACAGAAGAUCAGGUUAAAGAACUAUUACAAUCGUUCGGUGAACUGAAAGCCUUCAAUCUUGUGAAAGAUAGCGCUACUGGUCUAUCAAAAGGUUAUGCUUUCUGUGAAUACGUUGUUGUCGAAGUAACAGAUCAGGCAAUCGCUGGCUUAAACAAUAUGCAACUAGGCGAAAAGAAAUUGGUUGUGCAAAGAGCUAGCGUGGGCGCUAAACAUAAUUACUCGGUAAGAUGUCUAAGCGGUAUUCCAGUAACGGUCCAAGUGCCCGGGUUGCAAAUUAGCAACAAUGCAUUAGGAGAAGUAACUGAAAUAUUACAACUAAUGAAUAUGGUCACUGAAGAAGAGCUGGUUGAUGAUGAAGAAUAUGAAGAUAUCAUUGAAGAUGUUAGAGCGGAAGUAAGCAAGAUUGCACCGGUUAAAAGUUUAGAGAUUCCAAGACCAAUUGAAGGAGUUGAUGUCGCUGGGGUUGGAAAGAUAUAUAUUGAAUUUCACAACUUGGACGAUUGUCUUAAGGCUCAACAAUCGCUUGCCGGAAGAAAGUUUGCUAAUCGAGUUGUUAUGACGUCUUUUUAUCCCCCUGAAAGUUAUCAUAUGAGGCAGUUUUAA